AUGGAUGCAUCACUAGUUUAUACAAGCGCGGGUGAAGAUACUAUUAGGAUUAAGGUCACAUUAAUUAACGCCAGCGUCAAAUACCCUAUUCCGUUUGAUGAAUCUCAGCAUGGACCCCCCGUCAACAUUCACGGAGCCGCUUUGCAACCCCAAGUGAUCCAAACAAAAUCACAGGCCGGCACUUCAACACAACAAAAACAACCACCACCUGCUGUCAAGUGUGCUCAGCCAAGCCAAGGCCCAACUGCUGCCAGGCUUAAAAGUGCCAGUAAUCUAGGUUGUACAUCACAUUAUUGCAGAUCAUGUUUCAUUGCUUUUGAUGUUCCAGGCGGUUGCUACAAACAUUGGCCAAAGGGACCAGACAAUAUCUGUCAGCCUCCUGCUCCAACAAACACUCCACAGCUACUUUGUUCCCAACCUGCCGCCAUGUUACCAGAGCCAAAACAAACACGUGUAAUACCUCCUGCUCAGUGCUCUCAAAGUGUCUGA